GGCCAGGAAGAGGGGCGAAGAGGGCAAAAGGCGACCGAACGAAAGCAGCACCGACAGGGAAGCGCGAGGAGCAAAAGGCGGGGAGAAAGCACGGAGCGGGGAAAGACCAGGACCCAGAAGGAAAGAGCGCGCAAAGGGGGACGCGGACGACCGACAAAGGGGGAGAGGAAGGGGACCGCAAGGCGCGAGCAGAGAGAGCGAAGGACAGGAGCGACGGAGAAACGCGGGAGGGAGCGGAAGGCGGAGGAGGGCGAAAGGAAGACACGAGGCGAAGAAGAACGGGAGGAACGAACAGCCGCAGGAGGGCCGAACAACCGCAACAGCAAGGGCAGGAGGAAAGAAGGAGGGGGAGCGGACGAACAAGGGGCGGAGGGGGAGGAAAGGCAAGAAGGGCAGGCGAAAGAACAAAGGAGCACCACAAGGAAAGGGCGGGCGAGAAAAGAGAAGAGCAAGAAGGGAACCGGGCGAAGAGAACACAAACGGGGGGGACAAGGGGAGAAAGCCGGGACAGGGGAGGGCCGAAGGGCCACACCCCAAGGCGGACAAAAAGGCGAAGACGGCGCCACAGGGGAAGACAAAGCCAAAGAGAAGAAAGGCAAAAAGGGCAAACGGAAGGCACGAAGAAGCGAGCCGGAGAAGCAAGGGAAGCCGAAGAAGCAGCGAGGACGAGAGGGAGGCAGCACAAGAAGAGACGGCGCGACGAGGCCGAGGGGGCAAGACAGCCGAACAGGAGGAAGGCGAGAGGGCGCGGGAAAGCGACGAAGAGGGAGCGGCGAGCGCGGGAGGGCGGGGAGGGCAGGGGACACGGCGGGCCAGACGCAAGAAGCAGGGCAAAGGCGGAGGGAAGAGGGGCAAAAAGGCAGGGCCACGCAGACGCAAAGCAAAGAGCGCAAGAAGACGGGAAGGCGGGAAAAGGAAGAAAGGGCACAAAAAGGGCAAAAGGCGCGAAAGGAAAGGAGGAAGGGAAAGCCGAAAAGGGGCGACGGCAAGAAGAGGGCAAAGCGAGAGAGGGGCGAGAACAGAACCGGCGGGAAGGAAGCGCAGCAGGGACAAAGGCAGCCAAAAGAAGGGAGAAAAGGGGAAACAGGCAAAAACCCGCGGGAGAGAAAGCCGGACGAGGCGACGAGCCAGCAGGGGCGCAAACCCCGGGGAAACGGACGAAGGCGACGACGACGGGAAGGAAGAAAGGGCCAGGGGGAAAAGGGGGGAAAAGGCAGGAGAGCACAAGGAGACAAGGAGGGGGGAAGCAAAGAAAGGCCCAGAAAAAGGGGGCAAGGCCGAAGCAAAAAGGAAGAGCGCGGAGAGGCAACAAAAGGGGAAAAGGCAAAAAGGGGGAGCGCCAAAGAGAACCAACGAGGCGAGGGCAACAAAACCGCAGAGGAAGAGGGGAAGAAGGCCGAGAAGGGGGGCGGGGAGAGGAGAGCCCGCAGAACAAGAGGGGGCGCGGGAAGACAAACCAGGGACCAAGGCCAGAGGGGCGCGGGGGCAGAGAAGCAAGCAACGAGCGGCGGCCCAACCCGCACCAAAGCAGGAGGCGCAAGGGCGGGAGGAGGAGAGAGGCGGGAAGGGGGACAAAGCACCGACGCGGGGAGCAGGGGGAGCGAGGGGGAGGGGGAGGCCAAAAAGGACGAACACAAAAGGACCCAAGCAAGCAGGGGGACCGAAAAAGAAGGAAGCGGGCGGGCAGGAAGGGGGGAGGGCGAGAGCGGGGGCGCGCGACAGAGGACCGGCAAGAAAGCGAGGCGAGGGGAGGGCAAAAGGAGCGAAGGACCAAAAGGAGGGGGCGGGGGAAACGAGCGAGAGGGAAGGACAAAAGGAACCGGCGCAAGGGGGAAAAAGGGGCGACGAAGGGAGGACGGAGCGGAGGGCGAAGGAGGAAAAGGCAACGGGGGAGGACAAGGCAAGGGGGCGACAAAGGAGAGCGCGGAGAAGGGGACAAAGGCAAAGGGCAAGGCAAGGACGAAGCGACGAAGGAAGGCGGACGCGCCGGAGCAAGAAAGAAAAACAGGGAGGGGGGAGAGGGGAGGACAACGAAAGGAAGCCGGAGGCGGGAGGGCAAAGAAGGCGAAGGAAGCGGGGGGGAAGGGCACAGAAGGCGAAAGCAGGGGAAGGGCAAAACCAGCAACAAGCGGGCAAGAAAGAAGCGAGGCGAAGGACGACCCAACAGGGGGGGCAAGAAAAAGCAAAGGGGGAGGCAGGCCAGAAAGGAAAACAAAGCAAAGCAGCAGGCAAAGGCAAAGCGCAAGAGGCAACAGCAAGACCCGGAAGGCGACGGCACAGGGAGGGAGGGGGGCCAGGAGACCCAGGAAGGAGAAGGGGGAAGAAAGAGACGGGGGGGGGGGGAGGAGGGGGCGAGGGACACAGGGACAAGAGGCAGCAAGAAAAAGGAGGAAGGCGGAGCAAAGGGGCCAGAGCGAGGGAAGCGACGGCAAGGCGAAAAAGGACAGGAAGAGGGCAACAAGACGAACCGAGCGAGGAACAGAGGGCGGGAACAGAGGGAGGCAAGCGGAGGGCAAGGCACAAGGAAGGGACAGCAAGGAGCGGCCGCACGAACGCCGCAACAAAAGGGGGGAGCGGAAAGAAGAAAGCGAACACGCAAGGAAGCCGCACGAGGCAGGAGAACGGCCGCCGGACGACCAAAGAGAGGGGGGCAGAAGCAAGCAACACGGCGGGCGAGACGCAAAAGCGCAGGCGAAGCCACAAGGCGAGAACAAAACACCAGAGGAAGGAGGGAAAGGGAGAAAACCCAAGCGCACCGAGGGGCAGACAGGGGGGGGAAAGGGGGGGACGGGGAAGGGAAAGGCGCAAGGAAAGACGGGGGACGAGCGAGCGGACGAAGGAAGAGGCGGGGAGAGGCAGCGACCAGCAAGGCAGAGAGAAGAGGCAACAAAGCAACCAAGGGGGGGAGAAGAAGCGAGGCACGGGGGGGCGACGGAAAAGCACGACAAGAAGGGCAAAAAGGGGAAGGGAAGCGGGAGGGAAGAAGGCGAAGGAGGGGGCGAAGAGAAGGGGGGGCAGGAAGGAGAAGAAGCAAGGGAGAGGGGGAGCACCAAAGGGAGGCAAGAGCAAGGGGAGACCCGAAAGAGCACGCACAACCGGAAAGGGCACCCGAAGGCCAAGAAGAAAGGCCAGGAGGGGAACCCGAAGAAGCACCCGGCAACAAGGCAACAAGGGAGCACAACAAGGGGAGGCACAGCAAGAAGGAAACGCGGAGAAGCCAACAAGGGCCAACCAAAGCGAAAAGGGCGAAGAAGGCACACACAGGACGGAGGCAGGGGAAAGCCAAGGGACGGAGGGAAAGACGCGAGCAGCGACGAGGAACCAACAACAAGAGGCAAGGGGCGCAGGCGGGCGAGCACAACGGGAGCCAAAAGAAAGGGAGGAAGCGGGAGCCGAGCCAAGGGGGAGAGAGGCCAGGCAAGAGGAAGGAGAGCAAGGCAAGCGCAACGACGGAGGGAAACGGGGGCCAAGACCAACGCACCAAAAGGGAAGGGGCACGAAAGGGGGCGGGAGGAACAAAGCAAACGAAGACGGCGGCAGGGGGAGGAAGAAAGCAAGAGGAGGGGCGAAGGGGGAGGCACAAGAAGAAGGCAGGGAGGGGGAGGAGACAGGCGCCCCCGGCGCACGACGCGAAGCAAGCCGGAGAGGCCGAGCAGAGGCAGCGCACAAGAAGGGCAGGGGAGAGCAAAGGGACGGAAAGAGCGCAGGGCGGAAGGGCGGACGGGAAGAAGAAGGGGACGGCGAACAACCACCCGGGGGGAGGGAAAAGACGGGGGGGAGCAAGGCGACAAAGGAAAGAAGGCAGGGGAGGGGGGAAAACAAGCGCCGCGAGCGGGGGACGACACCGGGGCAAGGGGCGGAAGGAGGGGGGAGGCACCAAAGGGCGAGGCGAGAAAACCCGCGGGAGAAGGCAAGAAAAGAAGCACAGGGGAGGAGGACAAAGGGAGGGGGAGGAGAGGAGCGGGGGAAGGACGGAGAAAGCGGGAGGGGAGAAAGGGCGAAGCGCAGGCAGAACAGGGGCGAGAGGAGGAGGAGGGGAGAAGGAAAGGACGGGGGGGACGGCAAGGCAAGCAACGGGAAGAAGGAAGGGGCAGAAAGCAAGCCAAGGACACAAGAGAGCGGAGCAAGAAAGGGGGCAGAGAGGGAAAAGCCGCAGGCAAAAGGCCCAGGAGGACAGCGCAAAAAGGGGAGAAAGAGGAGGAAGGAAAAGACGGCGAGCAAACGAGGAGCGAGGGAGGAGGGGAGCGGGACGAGACGGAACCGCAAGCAGACCAGGACAGAGCCGACGCGGGGGGCGGAGGGGCAAGAGGCCAAGCAAAGCCCAAAGAAAGGCAGCGGAGGGCAACCAAGAAGAGAAGGCGAGAGCGCAAAGGAACAAGCAAGGGGGGAGGAGGGGAGCCCAAAGAAGGAGAGGGGACACGAACGGGGGAGGCAGAGGCAGAGGGGGCAGGGGGGAAAAGAGACCGAAAAAGGACCGCAGGGACAGGCCAGGGCGGAGGGGGAAGAGGGGGCGCGGGGGGCAGCAAAAAGCAAAACGCCAGAGCGACGAGCACGGCCGAAGCCGAAGAGAGGGCAGCGGGGAGGGGGGGGCACAAAGCGGGGGGAGGAAGCAACAAGGAGGGGACGAGGGGAGGAAGGGCGAAAAGGGGAGCAGGGGAGGCGAGAAGACAAGGGCAAGCGCCAGAACCCAAAAGCCGGGGCGGCAGGCGCGAACCAAGCAGAGGGACGGGCGACACCAGGGGAGCCGAGACCACGGCGAAAAGAAAGAGGGGAAAAGCGAGCAGGGGCCCACGGAGAAGCAAAGGGCCGACAGGCGCACAAAGCCGGGGGGGAAGCGCGGGGGGCAACGCGAAGGCAGGAAAGGGGAAGGAGCGAAAGGAGCGAAGCAGGGCGAAACGCGGAAGGGGGGAAGGUGGAGAAUGGGGGCAGGAGGAAAGUGCGGAUGGCAGUGGGCCACUGGAGCGGCCGGGAAAGAAAGAGCGGAAGGGGGAUCGCGGCGAGACAAGGGGGGAGAGGAAAGGCAAGAAGGGCAGGCGAAAGAACAAAGGAGCACCACUCAAGGAAAGGGGGGCGAGAAAAGAGAAGAGCAAGAAGUGGAACCGGGCUGAAGAGACAACAAACGGGGGGGACAAGGGGAGAAAGCCGGGACAGGGGAGGGCCGAAGGGCCACACCCCAGGCGGACAAAAAGGCGAAGACGGCGCCACAGGGGGAGACAAAGCCAAAAGGAUAGAAAGGCAAAAAGGGCAAACGGAAGGCACGAAGAAGCGAGCCGGGAGAAGCAAGGGAAGCGAAGAAGCAUCGAGGACGAGAGGGAGGCAGCACAAGAAGAGACGGCCGACGAGGCCGAGGGGGCAAGACAGCCGAACAGGAGAAGGCGGAGAGGGCGCCGGGAAAGCGACGAAGAGGGAGCGGCGAGCGCGGGGAGGGGCGGGAGGCAGGGGACAACGGCGGGCCAGACGCAAGAAGCAGGGCAAAGGCGGAGGGAAGAGGGGCAAAAAGGCAGGGCACGCAGACGCAAAGCAAAGAGCGCCAAGAAGACGGGAGGCGGGAAAAAGGAAGAAGGGCACAAAAAGGGAAAAGGCGCGAAAGGAAAGGUAGGAAGGGAAAGCCGAAAAGGGGCGACGGCAAGAAGAGGGCAAAGCGAGAGAGGGGCGGAGAACAGAACCGGCGGAAGGAAGCGCAGCAGGGACAAAGGCAGCCAAAAGAAGGGAGAAAAGGGGAAACAGGCAAAAACCCGGGAGAGAAAGCCGGACGAGGCGACGGCCGCAGGGGGCGCAAACCCCGGGAAACGGACGAAGGCGCGACGACGGAAGGAAAAGGGCAGGGGGAAAGGCGGGAAAGGCGGAGAGCACAAGGAGACAAGGAGGGGGAAGCAAAGAAAUGGCCCGAAGAAAAAGGGGGCAAGCCGAAAGCAAAAGGAAGGGCGGGAGAGGCAACAAGGGAAAGGCAAAAAGGGGGAGCGCAAGAGAGACCAACGAGGCGAGGGGCACAAAACCGCAGAGGAAGAGGGGAAGAAGGCCGAGAAGGGGGGCGGGGAGAGGAGAGCCCGCAGAACAAGAGGGGGCGCGGAGCAAACCAGGGACCAAGGCCAGAGGGGCGCGGGGGCAGAGAAGCAAGCAACGAGCGGGGCCCAACCCGCACCAAAGCAGGAGGCGAAGGGGGGGGAGGAGAAGGGGGGAAGGGGGACAAAGCACCGACGCGGGGAGCAGGGGCGAGCGGGGGAGGGGGAGGCCAAAAAGGACGAACACAAAGGACCCAAGCAAGAGGGGGACCGAAAAGAAGGAAGCGGGCGGGCAGGAAGGGGGGAGGGCGAGAGCGGGGGCGCGCGACAGAGGACCGCAAGAAAGGAGGCGAGGGGAGGGCAAAAGGAGCGAAGGACCAAAAGGGGGGCGGGGAAACGAGCGAGAGGGAAGGACAAAAGGAACCGGCGCAAGGGGGAAAAAAGGGGACGAAGGGAGGACGGAGCGGAGGGCGAAGGAGGAAAAGGCAACGGGGGAGGACAAGGCAAGGGGCGACAAAGGAGAGCGCGGAGAAGGGGACAAAGGCAAAGGGCAAGGCAAGACGAAGCGACGAAGGAAGGCGGACGGCCGGAGCAAGAAAGAAAAAACGGAGGGGGGGGAGGGGAGGACAACGAGGAGCCGGAGGCGGGCGGGCAAAGAGGCGAAGGAAGGGGGGGGGGAAGGGCACAGAAGGCGAAAGCAGGGAAGGGCAAAACCAGCAACAAGCCGGGCAAGGAAGAGCGAGGCGAAGGACGACCCAACGGGGGGGCAAGAAAAAGCAAAGGGGGAGGCAGGCCAGAAAGGAAAACAGAACAAGCAGCAGGCAAAGGCAAAGCGCAAGAGGCAACAGCAAGACCCGGAAGGCGACGCACAGGGAGGGAGGGGGGCCAGGAGGACCCAGGAAGGAGAAGGGGAAGAAGAGACGGGGGGGGUGGGAGGAGGGGGCGAGGGACACAGGGACAAGAAGGCAGCAAGAAAAAUGAGGAUAAGGCGGAGCAGAAGGGGCCAGAGUCGAAAGGGCCAAGCAGACGGGAAGACAAACAACGAGCGGGAACACGGCGGAAAAAGGACAAGCAAGAGAAAAGCAAGCAAGAGGCAAAGCAGCCAAGAAGCAAGAGAGGGAGCGAGACACGAGAGAAGGCAAGGCGGAGGGAGAGAAAAGGGGAGGCGGGGAAAGCGGCGACGGAGGGGAGAAAAGGGGGAGAAGAGAACGAGAGGGGAAAAACCCAGGGGGAGGGGAGCGGGGGCGGAGCACGCGGGGGGAAGGGCAGAGGAACAAGAGGAGCGGGGGAAAACCCGGGGAGAGCGAGCGGGGGGCGGAGGGCGCGGGGGGAGGAGGACAGCGGGGGGCGAAGGACGCGGGAAGGCGGAGGAACAAGAGGAGCGGGCGAAAAACCGGGAGGAGGGGAGCGGGGGGCGAAGCACGCGGAGAAGGGCGGGGGGACACGGAG